AUGGGCAAGAAAAUUGACGACCGGCCGGCCUACCUGAGUUCUGAUGAUGCCAAGUACUCGCUGGGUCUCCAUCGGGGGCCUUUGCCUGCGUCAGGUAUCGAUGAGAACUCCAAGCUGGAGCAGGUCGAGUCGGCGGGUGGCUUGUCAUUAGCCACCACGCAUCGCACUCGGAAGGAGAAGUUCGCGCGUCAUUGGAAGCGUUUCUGGUGCUGUUACUUGAUUGGCAAUGUGAUUUUCCUUGCUAUCUUCCUUCCCAUCUUCUUCCUCGUCAUCAUCCCUGCUAUCUCUCAACUUGUCGUUGACAAGUCCAGCCUGGUCCUCGUCAACGCUGCAGUCAUGCAGCCUCGCCCGGAUUCGAUUAAACUGACGCUUCAGUCCGCCCUCGAUCUCAAGGUGUUACUGCAUGUGCGCAUUGAGCCAAUCACACUGGACCUGUUUGUUCGCGAUACAGGAGCCAAUAACCCCUGGGCCACCAUCGACCUCCCCGGCAUGAUGAUCGUUGGGAACACAACCUUGGGUGUGUCAGACCAACACACGCCGCUGAUAAACGAGACAAUCUGGACCAACUAUGUCCAUGAUGUCGUGUUCAAAAACGAAUCCGCCUUGUCCGUCAAGGGUUCGACCAACUCCUAUCUUGGAGUACUCAAGUCGCAUGUGACGAUGGACAAGGAUAUCAAAUCUCAGACUCUUGGCAAGUUCGCCGGAUUCAGCAUCUCUGACAGUACCUUGCUUUUCCCUUCGCGCGAUGAUGGCACCAAUCUCAUCGGCAAUGCCACCCUCCCCAACCCCUCUGUGCUGACCAUUGAGAUUGGUACUCUUGUUCUCGACAUCAAGAGUGGCGACCUGGUCAUUGGAAAUGCUACGCUUACAGACAUUACUUUGAAACCGGGCAAUAACACCUACCCUCUGACCGGCGUUUUGGACCUGAAAAAGGUCCUCAAAAAUCUGGGCUCCGUCCUCGCGUCGCAGGCGUCGGCCCUCAAAACGGGUAACCUGGCUCUUGACACCAUCACCCGCAGUGUGGUUUGGAACGGCACCGAGGUGCCAUACUACACCAAAGUGAUGUCUGAGCUCACACUAACGGCAAAUGUGCCCCUUGUCUCUACCUUAAAGAACACCCUGAGAUCUCUGCUCGACAACAGCAGUUCAACAAGCAGUGAUAACAGCACAGAGCUGUCCUCUGUUCUGAAGCGCAAUGUCCAUCUUAUGGAUGCCUUCCAAGACGAACAUCCUGUCAAGCGUGAUGCGAUGAUUGAGUCGUUGGCCGAUCUAUACAUGCGGGCAUGA